GUCGCUUGUUGCCGUGUUCGACAACUAUAUAUCAUAUAAAACGCGAAGUGCAAUCGUGCGACUAUGAGAUCGUCUUUGUGGUGACAAGUACUCGCGAGAAUUCAUUAUAAGAAUACAAGCGGACUGCGUGGUCGAUGAACCUGCUGUAGCUGAACGGUACAAAAAAGACGAGGCUUCCUUUCCCCUAUUUUGUAGGCCACAGAUCCGGCCUAAUUCGUUGUAGGUAACUAUUCUGCUGAUCCAAAUUUAGAAGCUACGAUGCAGCAGGACGCGGUUAUCGUGAGAUACGCUUACAAGCGCUAUGGAAAAGGACAGCCACCCGUUCUCGAUGGCCUCAACAUGACCGUUCCUCGAGGAUGCAUAUACGGAUUACUAGGCGCAAGCGGCUGCGGCAAAACCACCUUGUUGUCGUGUGUCGUGGGAGUUCGCAAAUUGGAUCAAGGCGAGAUAUGGGUGUUGGGUGGUAAACCCGGACAAAAGGAUUCAGGUAUACCAGGACCCAGAGUUGGUUAUAUGCCCCAAGAGAUCUCACUUGUUCGCGAAUUUUCCGUUAUCGGUGCUCUAUAUUAUUUUGGCCGGAUCAAUGGUCUUGAGGACAGAGAUAUUGACGAACGGUUCACUUUCUUUUCGGAGUUACUGCAGUUGCCGCCGAAGAACCGGCUUGUAAAGCACUUAAGUGGUGGCCAACAGAGACGAGUAUCCUUUGCCGCUUCGCUGAUACACAAACCCGAACUACUGAUACUCGACGAGCCCACCGUUGGUUUGGAUCCUAUUCUUCGUGAAAACAUAUGGCAGUUCCUGGUGAAAUUAACAAAGGAAGAAGGUACAGCAGUAGUAAUCACAACACAUUACAUCGAGGAAACCAAACUCGCCAACAGGAUCGGACUACUGAGAUGCGGUCAGUUGUUGGCAGAGACGACACCAACGAAAUUAUUAGCAAGGUUUCAUUGUCAAAGCCUCGAGGAUGCCUUCCUCAUCCUUAGUCAAAGACAGAAGGAACGCAGGGACAAGGGAAUUCUCAAUGUGGACAACGAUCGACUUGCCAUCGAUGAUCUUGAUGAGGUGUUUACCAAUACGAUACCUUCUUUACAGUCAGACCAUCGCAAUAACAUUGAUUGUAUAGUGAAUAGUGAAAAACAACUGCUAGACAGUCAAUACAACGAAAAAAAAAGAACCCCACAUUGUUCGACGUUUUUUGGAAAGAUAUUUAAAGCCUUAAUGAUAAAGAACUUUCUUCAAUUUUUGCGACAUCCUGGUGGCAUUCUGUUCGCCUUCAUUUUUCCAAUAGUCCAAACAACGAUAUUUUUCUACUCUGUCGGCGCGGAUCCCAGAGGUAUCGUAGUUGCCGUUGUCAACGACGAAGCUGGACACUGCGACCAUGGACGGAACUUGGGCCAAGUCAUUUAUAAUCCGGACGAGAAAACGUGCGAUUAUAUAGAUAUUAGCUGUCGGUUUUUGCAUGGUUUCAACGAAUCCGUUAUGACAAAGCAAUACUUCAAUACGCUAGAGGAAGCGACGCUGGCAGUGCAAUCAGGCAAAGCCGCAGGCACAAUGUACUUCGGUCGAAACUUCUCUCAAGCGUUCCAAAGCCGCCGCGAUUCGUUAGACUUCCUUGCAGAGGAUGACAUUGUCGCAAGCGAGAUCCAUACGGCGCUCGACAUGGGCGAUCGCCAAAUCGGACUGUUCCUACAAAAGAAUCUUUACGAGCGGUUCUUUGAUAUCCACGCAGAUAUAGUAGCCACCUGCGACAUUUCUAGGAAAUUUGUCAGCAUGCCUAUUCACUUUGAAGAACCUGUGUUUGGAAGAAAAGACCAGAAAUAUUCGGAUUUUAUGGCACCAGGAUUCAUACUAACGAUCACUUUCUUUCUGGCAACGGCCGUGUCCUCGUCAAUCAUCAUUGCGGAUCGUGCUGAGGGUGUGUGGGACCGAAGUCUCGUACAAGGAGUCACAACGUCAGCAAUUUUAUUUUCCCACAUUAUCACUCAAUUCCUGAUGAUCAUUAUUCAAGUGACAGUGGUAUUAGUCAUAACAUUCGCAUAUUUCCAGUUGUCUUGUCGAGGCAACUUUGGAAUGGUCAUUGUAUUGGUGCUACUAACCGGGAUAGGCGGAAUGUGUUACGGAUUUCUCAUCUCCGUGCUGUGCACUUCCCACACAGUGGCUAAUUUCGUGUCAACUGGAAGCUUCUAUCCUAUCAUACUGUUGUGCGGAGCGGUAUGGCCAGUCGAAGGUAUGCCGCCGUUCCUGAGGUAUGUGAGUUACUUUAUGCCAACGACAGUACCAAGCUUCGCCCUACGUGGACUUCUGGAUAAAGGUUACUCGAUAUCAGAUCCUGAAGUUUACAGUGGCUUUUUAGUCACGAUUGGUUGGAUUUCAACCUUUGUCACUCUGUGCCUACUCGGUCUACGCAAAAUCUCGUAACGAGACACGGCAAUUAGUCGCUUUUUUUUUAAUUUAUUGAAGAGGACAUAAGUCUCUGAAUCUUUGCGAAGAAACUUAACUAUCAUGAGGCUUUAGAAGAAAUUUUUAUCGAAUAGAAGUUUUAAUGUGGGUCGUGUAAAAAGUUUCAGUAUUUUAUUGCAAAAACUGUUUGACUUUUUGCCGGUUAGUUGUUUUCGAAAAAACUAAUUAUUUUUUUUUUAUUAGAAAAAAUAAAGAAAGAGAUCGUUGAAGAUUGUAAUUAAAGGCAUAGAGAUGAUUUCAACUUGAAUUUUAAUUUUGAAACUUUAAAUGCUUGUUUUAUCGAAGAGAACACGGAGAAAUAAGAAAGAAAAUUGAUUUUUAAGUUUUUAACUGUUGGAUAUAUCGCAAUUCAUAUUUUCACAAAGUUUUAUAAGUUAGAUUGUUGAUAUCAUCAAUAAAAACACUGUUUUGCAUGUCAUGAGAAAAAACAUAUUUUAUCUGCAUUCUUUGUGUACGACGUUUGUCGUUAUAAUCCAUCAAUUUUCAAGGAUUAGCAAUAAUAUAAAUUAUGUUUGGUCUUGCCAUUUGUGUUAAAAUCUCGCAAUUGCACUAUCUUAAACAGGGUCACAUUGCGUUGUAAGAUAUUGUAAAAUAUUUUCGACCUCAUUGAGGUGAUGGAUGUAAAAUACAUUUACCGCUUAGAUAAUAUGAUGAAAUCUAUUAUUCCCGUAGAAUCGAAUAGUAUUUUUUAUUAUACUACAUUGGAUAACUUAUAUUUCAUAUUAAAUGUCAAUUUAAAAAUUUGGAGCAUCAUAGACACUUUGAUACUUUGUAAAUGUAUUAUUAAAAAAAAUAUUUUAUAACUAUUUUUAUAAAGGUAUCACUCUUUAUAACCACUUUGUAUGUUGAUUGAUCUUUAUAAAAAAAAUCUUCUAAAUGGAAUGCAUCUCUAGUCAGAAUAUAAGCAAAAUAUGAGAAAAUAUCUUCAAAAGGAUGCUUAAAAUAAAUGUUAAAAGUAUUUUUUUGGUAAUAAAAUUGCAAAAAAAAUCUUAUUGCAUAAAAAAACUGAAAUCUGAUUUAAGUAGUUCAGAUUACCAGAUUGUACAUCAUUAAAAUAAAUUUUUAGAAAAUGUAAAUAAAUUAGUUUAUUUUAAUAAAAAUAUUUCCUAUUAAAAGUAAUGUUUUCUACACCUAACAU